GAUAAAAAAUUCAAAACGAAGGUGAAAGUUGAACCCAAGACAUUUUUUGCCAAUGAACGUACUUUCAUUUCAUGGUUACAAUUCUGUGCCUUACUGUUGUCGGUAGCAUUGAACUUGUUAAACUUUGGUGAUCAAGUAUCUCGUAUUGUAGGUGGUAUCUUUAUUGGUUUGGCGGCUGCUAUCGCUAUCUAUGCGCUGUACCGAUUCGAAAAGCGUGCAUGGAUGAUCAAUCGUCGUAUUGACGGUCGAUAUGAUGAUCUUUGGGGUCCUGCUGUUCUUUGUGUUCUAUUGGUGGGUGCCAUCGUUAUCAACUUCUAUUUACGUUUCAGUGGC